GUCGCUGAGCAGCUGCUGUAUGAGCACUGGAAGAAAAACAACGCUGAGCUCCGGGAGGUGGAGUCAGAGCUGCCCAGGAAGCACGUGAUGGAGGCCUGGGGUGAUGAGCUAACGCAGAAAGCCAAGCAAGAAGCAACUGAAGUUGAAGAGAAAAAAUGUUAUGAAAACAAAUAUGAAAGGGCUCGAAGGGAAGCGCUGGAAAGAAUGAGACGAGAGGAAGAGAAGCGUCGGCUGGAACAGAAGAAGCAAGCGGAGAUGUUGCUUCAACAAAUAGAAGAACUGAAAUUACAGGAGAAUGAGGCAACAAAGCUGAAAAAAGAACAAGAGAAUUUAUUAAAGCAGCAGUGGGAGCUGGAGAACUUGGAAGAAGAAAGGAAACAAAUGGAAGAGUACCGGAAGAAGAUCGAGCUUGGUCGCUUUUUGAGGCAGCAGUGGAAUGCACAAUUAAAGAGACGAGCCCAGCAGAUACAAGAGGAGCUGGAGAUAGACAGGCAAAUCUUACUCACCCUCCUCGAGAAAGAAGAUGAGGAUCAGCGCCAACAGUCUGCACGGCGAGAACGAGCUGUUGCCGAUGUUGCCUGGAUGAAACGUGUCAUUGAGGAGCAGCUCCAGUUAGAAAGGCAGAGGGAGGCAGAGCUGGAGACUAUUUUUAGAGAAGAAGCUAAAAAAGUGUGGGAGAAGAGGGAAGAAGAAUGGGAAAGAGAGAAGGCAGCCAGAGAUCGCCUGAUGAAUGAGGUUCUUGCAGGCAGACAGCGCCAGAUCCAAGAGAAGAUGGAGUUAAACAGACGAGCCCAAGAAGAGUCUAUAAGGUAUCGAGAGCAGCUGAUUAAAGAGCUGGAAGAGGCAAAAGAACUGUCGAGGCGCGAGAAGGAGCAGGAGGAAGAACUGAAGACAGCCCGCAGGCAGGAGCUGGAGGCGCAGGUGACAGAGCAGCGCUUACGUGAGCAGGAGGAGCAGCAGCAGCGUAGGGAGGAGGAAGAAGAGGAGGGAUUGUCCCAGCAGCACUGUGAGGAGUUAGUGCGGCAGGAGGCCAGGCACAUGGUUGAGCCAGGACAUCGUGGCAGGCACUAUGAGCUGCAUACCAUAACCAGUAGGUACAGUGCAUUGCUCAAUGUCUCUUUUCUGUCAUGCUUUGCCAAGCUCUAA